AUGAAUGGUAUGACAACUGGCGUGAAUCCCAUGAACCUCAGCUUUAGUCCGCAACAACAUCAACAAUCACAUCAACAUCAAACACCUAAUGCCACUAUGAUGCAGCUUCCGACCGAGCACUCGCCUAUGGGUAUUCUCCAGAGCAUGCCGCCGUCCGCUAAUCACCAAUCCCCCACUCAUCAUCCUUCCCCUUCACAUUCCCAAUCCGGUAUGGGAAUGAUGGCGUCGUCGCCAACGAAUGCAGAGGCAGUCAUGCCCUCGGCGUCAACCCCUACGCCCUUGACGCCUUCUGCAAUCAUGCAACAGCGAGCUGCCAGUAUGGAGAGAGCUUCUCCUGCUCCAGGUACUCCAGCAGCCUCUGGAAACAUGUCUAUGGACCCCAAUAUGGUUGUCAACUGGCAAGAUUUGACCGCUACAUGA